ACUAGCUCUGCAGCUCACAUCAAUUCCCUCAUUGUCUUCUGAACACCUUUCAUUCAAGAUGCCGCAGGACAUGCCGCCCGUGGGCGGCUACCAGCCAGUCCAGUACAAGCGCAACUUACCGAUACGUGGAUUCCGACCGGGUUGGUACCUUCUAGGUAUGGGCGUGGUCAUGACAUGGGGAUUCUACAAGUUUGGCCAGGGACAGAGAGAGCUACAUGAAUACGCACGCGAAAAGAUGUGGGCUCGGAUACACCUUAUGCCAUUGCUACAAGCCGAAGCGGAUAGAGACCAGGUACGAAGGUACCUUGCCGAUAAGGAGAGGGCGAAGGAAUUGCUGGGCGAGGGUCAGGAUAUUAAGGUGUACUACUCUGACAGAUUUGUAAAACCCACUUUCGGCGUAACACCAGCAAAGGGCGGACCUGGGGAUUUGACCAAAUAGAAGAGAAAGCAUAUGUGUGCGGAAGCAUUGUACAUAUUCAUCAUGCGCAUUUUGAGAACGAACUCGAUGGGCUAUAUAUCAUGUAUUUGACCACAAAAACAAUCAAAUUCUUCGUCUGUCAGAGUACUCAAAGUGGUCUUUGGUAAAAGAUGCUUGACUUACUGAUGUUCCUCUUGGUGGCGCAAUCUGAGGCAUGCUUGUU